ACUGAAUGAAAAUACUCGAUAGAUGUACCUUAAUUGAUAGCCACCCAAAAAUGUGCUGAAUUUACAACAUGGAUGACAACUCUUUUAAAUGUUCCCUGUGCAGCUAUACAAGCAUGAAAAGUGUGCAAUUAAAAAGGCAUAUGUUAAAAACGCACACAGGAGAGAAAAAAUUUAAUUGUUCCCUGUGCAACUAUGCAAGUAUAAGAAAAGGGAAUUUACAAACACAUAUGUUAACUCACGCAAGUGAAAAACCAUAUAAGUGUUCCCAAUGCAGCUAUGCAUGUGUUACAAAACGGCAGUUAGAAAAUCAUGUAUUUACUCACACAGAAGAGAAACCAUUUAAGUGUUCCCAAUGCAGCUAUACAAGUGUUACAAAACGGCAUUUUCAAAAUCAUGUAUUUACUCACACAGGUGAGAAACCAUUUAAGUGUUCCCAAUGUAGCUAUGCAAGUGUUACAAAACGGCAGUUACAAAGUCAUGUAUUUACUCACACAGAAGAGAAACCAUUUAAGUGUUCCCAAUGCAGCUAUGCAUGUGUUACAAAACAGCUGUUACAAAAACAUGUGUUUACUCACACAGAAGAGAAACCAUUUAAGUGUUCCCAAUGCAGCUAUGCAAGUGUUACAAAAUGGCAGUUAGAAAAUCAUGUAUUUACUCACACAGAAGAGAAACAAUUUAGGUGUUCGCUGUGCAUCUAUUCAUGUACUCUGAAGGAGCAUCUAAGAAGACAUAAUAUGUUAACACACACGGGAGAGAAACCGUUUAAGUGUUCCCUGUGCACUUAUUCAUGUACUCAGAAGAGGCAUCUAAGAAAUCAUAUGUUAAACCAUACAGAAGAGAAACCGUUAAAGUGUUUUCUGUGCACCUAUUCUUGUACUCAGAAGGUGUAUCUAAGAAAACAUAUGUUAACUCAUACAGGCGAGAAACCAUUUAAGUGUUCCUUGUGUGAUUAUGGAAGUAUUGUGAUAAGUAAUGUACGUAGGCAUAUGUUAACACACACAGGUGAGAAAUCAUUUAAGUGUUUCCUUUGCAUGUAUUCAUGCACUCAGAAGGGGCAUCUAAGAAGACAUAUGUUAACUCAUACAGAAGAGAAACCGUUCUAAGUGUUCCCUAUGCAUCUAUUCAUGCACUCAGAGGAUGUGUCUAAAAAUUCACAUGUUAACUCACCAUGUGAGUUAACAUUCAGUGCAUCUGUUAAUGUGCUCAUAAGGUGCAUCUAUAUACAGUGGAGUCCCGCUAAUCCGAACACGUGUAAUCCGAACGUCGGUUAAUCCGAACAGGGCCAGGAGGAAUUAUUUAUAACGAUAAUGAACAGUUAUAGGAACUAAUUAUAUAAAACAUGAAAA